AUGAGCGCAUGUGCCGACUGCUCCAUCAAACGCAGCGGGGCAAUAGACCCUGACGACGGUUGCUUCUACUGCCAUCAGUGCUGGGCCAAGCAUCUCAUUGUGACCCGCGGCGCAGGCCACUGGUGCACCUUGUGCAGCGUGCAAGUGCCAGCGGGCGUGGGUGCCGGCUUGUUGCAUGUAAAAGGAAGCAAGCAUCUGAAGGCUGCCGGUCCAGAGAUGACAUUGGCGGAGCAGAUCGCAGCAGAGGAGGCGGCCGCAGCCUCGGCGCAGGACGUCGAAGCCGGGGAUAUUGGCCCGGCGGCCUUAGCGCCGGAUCUGAUAAACCAGCUGCGCGGAUACUUCGCCCCGCAAGCUCAGAAUCGCGCCGGCGUCGCGGCAGAUCACCCUCGCACCACCCUCUAUGGCAGCGUGGACUCGGCGCCGGCCAAUUUGGAGCUUGUGCUUCUGGGCCAUCUCAUUGGCGGAGACGAUAGCAGCGAGGUCUAUCUCAAUGUCACCGACCCGUUCUGUCUCAUCUCGGUGGGCGUGCAAGGCGCGGGCAAAUCGCACACGACGAAUUGCGUGCUGGAGACGUGCCUCCUUCCGUUUGCGCCCCUCUCGCGCGUGCGCCAGCCCAUGUCAGUGCUCGUCUGCCACUACGACCAGAGCGAGGCGAACUGCUGCGAGGCGACGGGGCUUGGCCAGCCGAGCCAUGGAGUGGCGGGGCUGCUCGAGCUGGCGGGCUCCGCCGUCUCUGCGCCCUGCCUCGGCCAUGACUCGCUGCUCGUCCUGUGCUCGCCAUCUUUCUAUCUCCAAAGGAAGGAGUACUAUGCGGGCGUCUGCGUGGUCAAGCCGCUCCUGUUCCGGUGGGGGCGGCUAAAGGCGCAGCAGCUCAAGAUGUUGAUGAAGCUCGACGAGAGCUCGACUCAGCUCUACGUCGCGCUGAUGCUCGAGAUGCUGCGCGGCUACCAACGGGCGCGAAAGGUGCCGCCAUACCAGCAGUUCAUGAAGGAGCUGGAAGCGUUAUGCUCGAGCCAACAGGCGGGGCCGUUGCGCCAGCGCAUGCAGCUCCUGUCGGCCUUCAUCUGGGAGGCGGAAUGCAACGAGUCUUUGCGAGAUGUGGGCGCUGACCUGAGCGAGGUCAUGGCGGCAGGCCGUAUGGUGGUGGUGGAUCUGACCGACCCGAUGAUGGCACCUGCCGACGCGAACGGCGUCUUCCAGGUGCUGCUCGAGUCGUUUCGCUUCAAGCAGGUGCACGGCGCAGGCAAACUCGUCGUGUUUGAUGAGGCGCACCGCUACAUGGGGAUGGCGGGGGAGGGCGAUGCUCUCGCGCGCGAGAUCACCGAUUGUGCUCGGCUGAUGCGCCAUGAGGGCUUGCGCCUCAUGAUUUCUACGCAGUCGCCCAAGGCGAUGCCAGAAGAGCUUCUCGAGCUCGUCACUCUCCUCGUCGCGCAUCGUUUCCAGUCGGGAGAUUGGCACCAGUACCUGGCGAAGAAGGUGCCGCUACCCGAGGAUAGCUUCGCUUCGAUCCGAGGCCUCUCGCCUGGCGAGGCGCUUGUGUACUCAGCGCGGCCGCACAUCGCUUCGUGCCCAGACGCGGAGGUGCUGCCGAUCAAGGUGCGCCGCAGGCUGACAGCAGACCGCGGCGCCUCACGCACGAACCACGCUCGCCGCACGAAUGCGACGGCACACAGCGGCACCGGCGUAGAAAGGCCGACAUCGUCCGGCGCGACUCCCGCAGAGUCCGCUACGUCGGCGCUGAGCGCGGAGAGGGGCGUACCUGCGCUCAGGGAGCGCGUGCGCAUCGAGGGUUUCACGGUCUUCACUGAGCUCAACGGGCGGAGCGGCGUCGUGGUCUCGAUCGACCGAGACGCGGGACGCUGCGGCGUGACGCUCGACGACCAGGAUCCGAUCAGCGUCAGCGUGCGAGCAGAAAGGCUUGUUUCCUACGACUAG